AUGGCUCCAGCGACACCGUUCAGUUGUUCGAAGCAGAUCGCGGUGGCGGGCGGGCAUGCUCGGUUGGUGCGACCUCCGGCGUGCGUUUUGCCGCGGUUGCGGCAACGGCGGCCGACGAGGAUCUUCGCCGCAAGCGGCAACACGGCCACGGCCGACAGCAAGGCCAACCUGCGCAACCUGACGUACGAUCUGUCUGAGGCUUCUGCAAGCAAUGGCGAAUCGCAGACAAAGCCCAUCAAAGUUGCGGUGUCUGGUGCUGCAGGGCAAAUCUCUAAUCACCUUCUCUUCAUGCUGGCAUCUGGUCAAGUGUUUGGACCAAAUGCACCAAUCAUACUGCAGCUGCUGGGCAGCGAGCGAUCAAUCAAUGCCAUUGAAGGCGUCUCCAUGGAGCUCGAAGACUCGCUGUACCCUUUGCUGCGGGAGAUCAAGAUGGGCAUUGACCCCAUUGAGGUGUUUGAAGAUGCUGACUGGGCACUUCUUAUUGGUGCGAAACCCCGUUCGAAGGGCAUGGAGCGUGCUGACCUGCUCGACGUGAAUGGCAGAGUGUUUGCUGAACAGGGGCGCGCUUUGAAUGAGGUGGCAAGCAGAGAUGUCAAAGUUGUGGUGGUUGGCAACCCAUGCAACACCAACGCAUUGAUUGCGAUGGAGAAUGCACCCGACCUCCCACCCAAGAAUUUCUCUGCACUCACUCGGCUUGACCAGAACAGGGCAAGGUUUCAGCUUGCAGUGAAGGCUGGCGUUCCAUUUGACAAAGUUUCUCGUGUGGCUGUCUGGGGAAACCACUCCACAACGCAGGUUCCAGACUGGGUCAAUGCCCGCAUUGGCGACACACCGGCCUCGAAAGUGAUAGAUGACGAGGCCUGGUUCAAGGAGGAUUUCACUCCAAAAGUUGCAACCCGCGGUGCCAGCGUAAUUCAGAAGUGGGGUCGCUCUUCUGGGGCUUCAACUGCUGGCUCCAUUGCGGAUCACGUGAGAUCAUUGAUUCAGCCCACCCCAGAAGGGGAUUGCUUCUCGAUGGCCAUUAGCACCGACGGAAACCCCUACGGCAUUGCAGAUGGCCUAUUCUAUUCCAUGCCGUGCACGUCCACUGGGAAUGGAGACUACGACAUCGUCCCUGGCUUCGAGGUAGAUGAAUGGCUCAGCAGCAAGAUGAAAGCAUCCGAGGAGGAGCUCAUUCGAGAGAAGGAAUGUGUGGCGCACCUGAUAGGCCUUGAAGGUGCUGCAUGCGCCAUCACUGAGGACACUAUGUUGCCUGGAGAAAAUUGA